AUGACUCCUUUUUAUUGCCUGGCAGCAAUAGUAAUGCUAUCGACGGAUCCGAACAUGAUAUAUGUCGACGACCGAGUUAAAUUCGACGAAGGGGACCCACGCGAUCCACAAAACUUCUCUUAUGCGCGGAAGUGGGCCAUCACGCUGACAUGUUCGGCAUCAGCGUCAUCUUAUUCGAUCAGUUAUGAGUCGAUGAUGCAUGACCUAAAUUGUACUCAACUUCAGGCGACCGUUGGACUGAGCUUGUACGUGCUAGGUUUCGGGAUUGUCCCUUUGAUUUCCUCGUCAUUCAGUGAGGAGUGCGGCAGACGACCCCUUUACAUCGUGUCAUCCGUAUUAUUUAUGCUCGCUGAAGUUAUGAAUGCGUUGGCACCAAACAUACAAGUUGUGAUUGUGUCGCGUAUACUACAAGGAGUCUUUGGCUCGACUGGUGCAUCCUUAGUCGGAGGUAGCAUCGCUGAUAUAUGGCAGCCGCAUGAACGUGGAUUGCCGAUGUCUUUGUUUGCAUUCUCAUCGAUAUUCUCUUUUGGCCUCGGGUCAGUGUUUGGGGGGCUCAUUGCUACCAGUCCACACCUCGGUUGGCGGUGGGUGCAAUGGGUGCAUGUCAUGGUUUCUGGGGCAUAUGUUCUUGACGUCAUCCUGGUGAUGAACGAAACCCGUUCGUCUAUUGUUCUGGCGCACAUCGCGAAGGACACCAGAAAGACGACUGGCGACCCCAGGUAUCGGUCCGGCGCUGAAAUUGACAGACCAAGCAUAAAAUCUCUGAUGAAGACGUCGUGUACACGGCCCUUGCAUCUACUCUUGACUGAACCUAUUGUGCAGAGCUUUAGUAUCUGGUGUGGCUUCACCUGGGGGGUCGUGUACUGUUUGCUCGAAUCGAUCACCACGGAGUUUCAGUCUGUCUACAACUUCAGCGUCAGCGAAACAGGAUUUGUAUUCCUUUCCGUCAUUGGGUUCAUGGCGAAUAUGUACCAGGACACCUUGUACAAAAAAAACUUUUCGAUAAAAGGCCAAGAAGCACGACUAUACAUGGCGUGUGUCGCUGCCAUUGUCCUGCCCGUCUCAAUGUUUAUCUACGCGUGGACAGCAUCACCUACCAUUCCUUGGAUAGUGCCUUUGAUUGCAUUAACUGCAUUUAUGUCUGGCGUCUUCGUAAUAUUCCAAGUUUCAUUUUUGUAUCUUGCAGACUGCUACGGACCAUAUACCUCCUCGGCCCAAGCAGGGCAGAGCUUGUCUCGCAAUUUUAUGGCUUUGAUCUUCCCGCUCUUCACGCAGCAAAUGUUCGCUGGUAUGACAUAUAAGUGGGGACUGACACUCUGGGCGCUGAUAUCGGUGGCGAUGGCACCAAUUCCAUGGGUCAUUUUCUUCUUUGGUUCAAAGAUCCGCUUGCACAGUAAAGUCUCGCGCAAAAUUCUCGAGGCUGAACAGCAGCAAUUGGAUGGCGAGAAAACUAUUGUUUCCAGCCCAACCGAGGAAAGAAGUAUACAAGUGUAA